AAUUCAAUCGAAGUAAUACAAAAAAUGGGAACUAUUAUGACUGAAAAAGUGAAGCUUCUUGUGGCAUUACUUGCUCUACAAUUCUGUUUUGCAGGAUUUCACAUUGUCUCUAGACUUGCACUAAACAUUGGUGUUAGCAAAGUUGUUUAUCCUAUUUAUAGAAAUUUAAUUGCAUUGCUUUUGUUGAGUCCACUUGCUUACUUUUUAGAAAAGGAUCAAAGACCACCCCUUACUCUAUCUUUGUUGGUUCAAUUCUUUCUAUUGGCAUUGUUGGGGAUCACUGCAAACCAAGGAUUUUACUUGUUAGGUUUAUAUUAUGCUUCUCCUACUUUUGCUUCUGCAAUGCAAAACUCAGUUCCUGCCAUCACUUUCAUCUUGGCCUCAGCUUUAAGACUUGAGGAAACCAACAUUGCAAGAAGAGAUGGAUUAGCAAAAGUUGUAGGAACCAUUGCAAGUGUAGGAGGUGCCACUAUAAUUACCCUUUACAAAGGUCCUCCUCUUCUUCAUCUUCAAAUGGAUCAAAUACAAGGACACAAUACCUUACAAGUAGAUGAAUCUUCAACAAACAUGCAAAAUUGGACUUGGGGUUGCAUAUACUUACUUGGACAUUGUUUAUCUUGGGCUGGCUGGAUAGUUUUUCAGGCUCCUGUGGUGAAGAAGUAUCCAGCUAAACUCACACUGACUUCAUUUACAUGUUUCUUUGGAUUGAUCCAAUUCUUGAUCAUAGCAGCCUUCACAGAAAAUGAUUUUGAAAAGUGGAAAAUACAAUCAUCAGAGGAGCUUUUUACCAUCCUAUAUGCUGGAAUUGUAGCAUCAGGCAUUGUCAUAUCUCUCCAAACAUGGUGUAUUCAAAAGGGUGGUCCUGUCUUUGUUGCUGUCUUCCAACCAAUACAAACUUUUCUAGUUGCUCUCAUGGCUGCACUUAUUCUUGGAGAUCAAUUAUACUUAGGAGGGAUUAUUGGUGCAAUUCUCAUUGUGCUUGGUCUAUACUUGGUUCUAUGGGGUAAGACCAACGAAAAAAAGGCGAAUGAGACAUCGUUAACAAAGCCGUUGCUUGAUUCAAACGAAGAGAAAAAAAUUACUGAUGCAGCUUCAAAAGACAUACCUUAACAUGUCUACUUGUUGUAAGAGACGGUGUAAGAGACAAAAUAUCGGAUUUGGAUUGAAUUCAGUCAACAGUUCUACGCAUUCACACAACCAGUACAUCGAUGUGUCGAGGUCAGAUGGUCCAAAUUUCAAGCUCGUUAUUUUAGAUUAAAAUGAAAAUUUAAAUUGAAAUCUAAACCGUCUGAUCUAGAUCAAACAACUAUGUUCUGACUGCGUUAAUGUGUGAGAUUGCUACUGCAAACAAUUCAAAUACCAGAAUAUCUACUUAGCAACAUCUCAUGUGUAAGAUAACCAAUUUCUUGUAUUGUAUUAAGAUAUAGUAUUAGAGUCCAAGGAACAAGGCUAAGUUGGAUUAAAGAAUAAGGUUUAAUUGCUAAUGCAUUUUCAAUUGGAAUGGAAAAAUUUGUUGGGUUGGCUAAGCAUGUGUUAUGUCAAACAAUGGAUGCAGUACUCCAUGUGAUACACCUUAAAAAUAUGUAUAAUGUUUGAGGCAUGAAUAUUGAAUACUAUGUAUAUUGAUAUUGACAAGUAAUCACUUUUCUUGGUUAGU